AUGGCGGUGCCUGUCACUGUGGUGCCAGACUGUCCUGUCCAUGCUGGCAGUGGGCUGGCGGAGCCGAAGGCUGAUGCCCUGGCCCAGGAGUGCUCGCUGAGCCGGGGCCAGCUCAGGAAAGGGAAGGCACCUUCGCUGGGGAGGAAAGCAGGAGAAACUACAGAGGAAACCCCAGUGCCCCAAGCGUCCUACCAGUUCAACCCUGAGCAGUACGACGAGAGUCAGCGGGGCCAGCUCAGGAAAGGGAAGGCACCUUCGCUGGGGAGGAAAGCAGGAGAAACUACAGAGGAAACCCCAGUGCCCCAAGCGUCCUACCAGUUCAACCCUGAGCAGUACGACGAGAGUGUAAACCCCUUUGUGACCGGGGGCUGCCGGCUGCAGAGCUCCCCCCAGGCAUCCCCGCGCCAUCUCUCCCAUCCCAGCAGCAGCUGCGAUGAGCUGGAGGGGUACCCGGCCCCGGAGUCCGAAGGGCAGGUCCCAAAACCUGAGUUUGACUCUGUGGAUCCCUUUAAGCCCACCAAGACCCUUGCCAGCUCCGCCGCCGACUUCUGCCCUGCUGCCGAUAACAGCCUCAACGAAAUCCUCGAAUCUCAGACGCUGGAGGUGCAGGAUGGUCUCGUGAAAGGCAGAGACUCCCCGAAGAAGCCCAAGUCGCGCCUGAUAACUGCUGGCUGCCAUCUCAGUCCCUCUUAAUCGUAUGCCUUGAUCCUGCAGGAUGAAGGACCGUUGAUCUCAGAAAUCCCAGAUAUUGCAAAUCAGGAUGGACACGCCACUGAUGAGGAGAAGCUGGCCUCCACCACCUCCAUGCAGAAGCCGGCCAGGCUGGGGAAGAAAGGCUUCGACAAGGAGAUCUCCAAGCAGAUGGAAAAGGAUGGGCCUGGCAUCUUCUCCGGCACUCCUGGGCUGUGCUCCAUGGACAAGUCCUCCGCGGCCGUCACCGGCGUGAGCAGGAGCGAGAGUCCCCUGGACAGCAUCUGCCUCAGUGAAUCCGAGAAGACGGCUGUGCUCACGCUCAUCAGAGAGGAGAUAAUCACCAAGGAGAUCGAAGCAAACGAGUGGAAGAAGAAAUACGAAGAGAGCCGCCAGGAAGUCUUGGAGAUGAGGAAAAUCGUGGCUGAGUACGAGAAGACCAUCGCCCAGAUGAUAGAGGACGAGCAGAGGACAAACAUGACAUCUCAGAAGAAUCUGCAGCAGCUCACCAUGGAAAAGGACCAGGCUCUGGCAGACCUAAACUCGGUGGAGAGGUCCCUGUCAGAUCUCUUCAGGAGAUACGAAAACCUGAAGGGUGUCCUGGAAGGCUUUAAGAAGAAUGAAGAAGCUCUGAAGAAAUGUGCUCAAGAUUAUUUAACCCGGGUCAAGCAAGAAGAGCAGCGGUAUCAGGCCCUGAAAGUCCACGCAGAAGAAAAAUUAGACAAAGCCAACGAGGAGAUCGCCCAGGUGCGCACCAAGGCCAAAGCGGAGAGCGCGGCGCUGCACGCCGGGCUGCGCAAGGAGCAGAUGAAGGUGGAGUCCCUGGAGAGAGCCCUGCAGCAGAAG